AUGAAAAUCGAAUUAAUGGCUUCAAUCAAGGUGCGAUUGUACCUGUCCUCCCGUGCUGAGAUGAAUGAUGUGAUCACCCGUGCCAAAGCGGCAGUGUUAGGCCUUCGAGUACCUUCACCAAAAGUAGCCGAACAGUCGCCGGUUCAUCAAGAGCCAGUGCAAGCAUGGCAGACUGCUACCUCGCCACUGCAACCGCAGUAUGCCUCAGCCCCCGUUCCUGAACAUCCAAUGAAGCCGUCAUCGUUUGCUCCCGAUCCUUCUGAAUUCAACAAGCCGCUUUAUAUGCGAGAGGUUGAGCGGUUGCCUGAAAUGAAAAUCGAAUUAAUGGCUUCAAUCAAGGUGCGAUUGUACCUGUCCUCCCGUGCUGAGAUGAAUGAUGUGAUCACCCGUGCCAAAGCGGCAGUGUUAGGCCUUCGAGUACCUUCACCAAAAGUAGCCGAACAGUCGCCGGUUCAUCAAGAGCCAGUGCAAGCAUGGCAGACUGCUACCUCGCCACUGCAACCGCAGUAUGCCUCAGCCCCCGUUCCUGAACAUCCAAUGAAGCCGUCAUCGUUUGCUCCCGAUCCUUCUGAAUUCAACAAGCCGCUUUAUAUGCGUUAUCCACCUGCACCCAUGGACGGUUAUCCACCCUCACAACCAGCUCAACAAAAUGCUCGUCCUCCAGUGCCACCAAGAGACGAGAGCAUUUAUGAGAGGAAAUAUCCUCCUGUUGAACCAAAACGAUUCCCUCCCGAAGUGCCUCAUAGACCGCCCUACAAUAGCGGUCAGCCGGAACAACGCCCAUCAGAUAGCGCGCCCAGAUUCUUUAGCGCACCUCCACGGAAUCCAAACUUGAAUCGCCCAAUGCCACCUGGAAUGCCUAUGCCACCUCGUGGCCUUCCAAAUCAGUCACCUAGAGAAGAUCAAAAACCAACUGGGCCGGGCAAUGACGUCAGCCAUGGGCCUCCUUCUAGGCCUCCAUACGGAGGACCACCCGGACAUCUUCGCGGACCUCCGGGACCACUGCAGUCCAGCCGAUCCAUGGAGGAUAACGCUGAUGCGCCAACAUAUGCUCAAGAGCGAUACAAUGGUCCAGUUGCAUUGCAACAAGAUGAUCGAAGAGCGCUUCCUGGAGGUCCGCGUGCAUUAUUCCCUCCUAUCAAUCGUCAAGAUGGACCUCCUGUCAAUGGUGGUGGUCCUCCUGGUAGACAACAGUCAGAUUCUGUUCGCCUUCCAGGAUCGUGGAGGGAAGACAAUGGACAGUCUUAUGGCGCAUCGUCGUGGCAGUCGAACAUGCAGAAGCCUGGUCCUAACAGCGGUCCACCGAUCCGUAAACCUCUGAUAAGCAAGCCUCCUUCAACGUACAGUGAUGACAAGCCGGCUAUACCGCCAGUAGGGCGAGCGGGUGGCCGUCCGCCACUUCCGCCACCCCAGCCAAUGAGGCAACCGCAACCACCGAUACCUAGAGCGCCUUUGCUAGGUCCAAACUUCGGUAGUGGGCCCAAUGCGACGAGGCCGACACCAACUAACCCAAAGUAUGUUGAAUUGAGUCGUCUACCGACAGAAAUGCUGCGUCCUGCUGUUCUGGAACAAUUUCUUAGGCCAUCUAUUCCUCUGCAGGUUUCCUCUGUGAAAGUUGUGUACAGCAGUCAAGGCAUUCACAUGAAUACGCUGGUUAGAUUUGACAACCCAGCUGAUGCUGAUGCUGUGCUUGAUAGGGAUGGAGAGUUGGGCAUUCGUGUUCGACCAUCAACGAAGGCCAUAUUUGAAGACGCAGUAGACGGACUUCCUCCGGCAGUGCUCAAUGCUUCGGAAGCAGUUGCGGAAAAUGUCGAUAACAAACGCGACUUGGAACAUACGCGACGUCGGUCGCGUUCGCGCAGUCGUGACAGGCGGCGCGGCAAGCGCGAUACAUCACCGCGUAAAAGGCAAAGAUCACGUACCCGAAGUCGCGAACGUCGUGCGGCUCGCCGCUCACGAAGCCGUUCAGCUCCAAAGCGAUCACGGCAGACCACGGGUUCGACCCGAUGGUGCCUGCAGUUAACGAACGUUCCAUUCCGAUGCACAGAGCAAGAGCUCAUUGGAUGGAUGUCGGAGCGAGUUAGACCGACCAAGGUAACUCGAACAUUUUAUGCGGAUGGAAACGCUUCCGAUCGGUGGAUUGCAGAAUUCGAGAGCGAGUCUCUGAUGGAGCGAGCUUUUGGCAUCAAACGACUUCUGAUUGGCCGCACAGUAAAGUGA